UACGUCGGAAUUGUCGCCGGAGAUGGCAGCGAAGAUGUCCGAAUUGUUGCCGGAGAUGGCGGUCAAAAGCCAUAAGGCGGAGGCGGAGAAGCAACCCCGAAAGAAGAGAGAACCGCAAGGUUGGAAAUGCAUGCCAUACAUCCUAGGAAAUGAAACAUUUGAAAAAUUGGCGAGCUCGGGGCUGACGAUAAACUUGGCGGUGUACCUGGUGACUGUAUUUCAUAUGGAGGAAGUGAAGGCUACAAAUGUGGUGAACAUUUUCUUCGGCACCUCAAACUUUGCUCCGGUUGUAGGAGCUUUCAUCUCUGAUGCUUAUCUGGGGAGAUUCUACACGCUGGGCUUGACAUCAAUCAUAUCUUUUUUG